AUGUUCAGCAAAAAAGAAAAGUUUGCUUUAGCAAGAGAAAGGCUGCUUGAACUUGACGAGAGAGACAGUGUAAUAGAAAAUAGUACAAUAGAAGAGAAUACUAUAGAAGUGAAGCCAAAAGAAAUUAUAGUUUACAAUGAUGUGCCACUUGAAAGUUACCUCAAAUUUCGUGAGAAGGAACAGAAGUUUCAUGUCUUUAUCCGUUUAAAGAAGGGAAAUGUGAUUGCAUAUGAUAUGAUGAGUGGUGUUCAUGGGGCAGUACAAGCUCAAUUGAUUCAUUUAAUGAUCUGUUGGAGUAAACAACUUAUUGUUAGUAACGAUGUAGAUAUUACCGUUGGCCAAAAUAGUGUGUAUAGCCCAGAACCAUUGCAGAGAGAAGAUCCAAAUCCAAGAAUCGUUGUAGAAAUUGGGAAAACGGAAUCUCUUGAUAGUUUAAAUAAUCUAGCAGAGGAGUAUUUUUCUGCGCGGACUAACAUCCAAAUUUAUUUAGCAAUAAAAAUAUGGCCUCGUCGAUCAGAUGGCACUGCCGCAAUGCUCGCACUCCUUUAUCUACGUAAUAAUGUAGUCCCAAACCCUGCACUAAACUCAUCAAACCCAUUACUAAAUACACAACCAACAAUAACAUUACUAAACACUGUACCGAGCCUUGCGAUUUCAUUCGGAACAGCACCUCUUCAUCACCAGCAAUUGAUGUUUGUUCAAAAUACCGGCGUCCCCAUUGGAGUACCUGACAAUUUCAGCAUAGAUUUAUGGGAAUUGCAAAAGAAAGCUCUGAUACGUCUG